GCCGCCGGACGGGGCGGGUGGUGCCGCGCUGCCCGUCGCGGUGCUGUGUCCGUCGCCAUCCCCCGCCGCUGCCCCCUCGAGGUGCGCGGAGCUGCCCCGCCCCGCCCCGUCCCGUCCCAUCCCGUCCCACGGCGGGGGCGAUGCUCCCCCCGCUGCGCUGCCCGCGGAUCUCUCCCUUCUGAUUCGUUUUAGACGGUUUGCCUGGAGCGGGAUCGUCCCCUCGCACAGCCCUGCAUCCCGGCGGCAGCACCGAGCCUCGGCGAUGCGGCUCSAAGACUGACCCUGCUGAGAGCCCCUGAGAUACUGAACUCUAUGAGCGGAGACCACUUGACUGCACUCAGCACCUUUCAGGAUCACGCUCUAGGAAAUGGUCAGAGGAGUGAAAGGAGCAUCACCAUUUUGAAACAAAACCAAGGGUACUGGGCACUAAAUGAGAAUAUGGCCAAUGGCAUUGAAGAUCUUAUCGGGAUYCCAUUCCCGAACCACAGCAGCGAGGUCCUGUGUGGUUUGAACGAGCAGCGGCACGACGGGCUCCUCUGCGAUGUCAUCCUCAUCGUGCAGGACCAGGAGUACCGCACCCACCGCUCCGUCCUGGCCGCCUGCAGCAAGUACUUCAAAAAACUCUUCACUACCGGCACUUUAACAGACCAGCCCUAUGUUUACGAGAUUGACUUUGUCAAGCCUGAAGCACUUUCUGCCAUCCUCGAGUUCGCCUACACCUCAACCCUCACCAUCACCACCUCAAACGUCAAGCACAUCCUCAGCGCCGCCAAGAUGCUGGAGAUCCAGAGCAUCAUCAACGUAUGCCUUGAAAUCAUGGAGCCUGACAGGGAGGCCGAGGAGGAGGAUGACAAAGAGGAYGAYGAYGAUGAUGAAGAYGAAGAUGAAGAUGAGGAGGAAGAGGAGGAGGAGGAAGAGGAAGAGGAGGAGGAGGAAGUGGAAGAUUUUGUCAAUCGGGAGAACCUAACCGACGUACAAGAAGUCAGCUGCCACCAAAGCCCUUCCGAGUCCGAUCUCACCGAAGAAGCUUACACAGAAGCACCUAAAGAUUUUCCAAAUCACUUCCCAGCCAGUAACUCCUCUGGACACUUGGGCAUGAUACGAGACUUCUCCAUCGAGUCCCUGCUGAGUGAAAACUUGUACCCUAAGGCAAACAUCCCAGAAAGAAGGCCAGCUCUGUCUCCUUUCACCCCCAGCUUCUUCCCCCAUCUGUGGAACGGCGACUUCAGCUCCUUCUCCCAGCUCGAGGAGCCACAAGUGGACAGCGGCCCCUUGGAUCUGGUGAUCAAAAAGAGGAAGAUCAAGGAAGAGGAGGAGAAGGAAGACCUGCCUCCGCCUCCUUUCCCUAAUGACUUCUUCAAGGACAUGUUUGCCAACACCCCAGCAGCUCCCUUAGGGCACAUUAAGGCAGAGACYGACUAUAGCGCUUAUCUCAAUUUCUUAAGUGCUACCCAGUUCGGAGGAGUUUUUCCCCCGUGGCCCCUGGAGGAGGAGAGGAAAAUAAAGCCCAAGGCAUCCCAGCAAUGCCCCAUCUGUAACAAAGUCAUCAUGGGAGCCGGCAAGCUGCCCAGGCACAUGAGGACCCACACGGGGGAGAAGCCCUAUAUGUGCAAUAUCUGUGAGGUUCGCUUCACCAGGCAGGACAAGCUCAAAAUCCACAUGCGUAAGCACACGGGGGAGCGGCCGUACCUGUGCAUCCACUGCAACGCCAAGUUCGUGCACAACUACGACCUCAAGAACCACAUGCGCAUCCACACGGGCAUCCGGCCCUACCAGUGCGAGUUCUGCUACAAGAGUUUCACGCGUUCCGACCACCUGCACCGCCACAUCAAGCGCCAGAGCUGCCGCAUGGCCCGGCCCCGGCGCGGCCGCAAACCGGCGGCGUGGCGAGCGGCCGGCCUGCUCUUCGCCCCCGGCGGCCCGCCCGUGGAUGGUGGCUUCGUGGUGCCACCCGCGCUGGACGAGAUGAGCGGCCACCUCAGCAGCACGGCCAUGUGCCUUCCCGGCCCCAGCCCCAAACACUUCCUGAGCGGGGCCAAGGCGCCCUUCAGCCUGCAGGAGCUGGAGAGCCAGAUCGAGGAGACGCAGAUGAAGCUGCUCAGGCGGGCGCAGAUGGACAUGGAGAGGAACGCGGGCAUCUUCGCCUUCGCUCUGGGCCACAAUGAAAACCUCGCUGCCCAGCCCUUCUUCCCGCUGCCCGACCCGUGGAGCGCGGGUUUCAGCGGCUUGGCGGGGCUCGGCCACGUGGCUCCCAUCUCGGAGGCCAGCAACUAAACCCACCACGGUCCCACCAUGCGUCUGCUUCCGUCCCAACAAGGCAGCCAGCUCCCGCUGGGAAGGGCCCUGCCUGCCCUUCUGUGUCAUCAGCUUCCCAAGAAGCUCCUCGUCCCCUCACAGCCRUGGGGGCACCCCUGGGGUGAGCGGGGAAGGGGCAGGUGCUGUGCCCCAUGGCCAUUGGCACUUUAGACUCCGCACUUGGCUUUGGGGCUGUCGGGCACUCGCUGUCCCAUCCCACCGCUCGUGGCUGUUUGGGAAGGCCAGGCCAGGACUGCUGCUCUCUUCAAUGCUCCCAAAAAUGUCACUUGCCUUAGUCCAGGGCUCGGCCACCACCACGAGAUGGCUUUUCUGUGAGAAAUGUUCCUCAUUUCCCACCCACGGAGCUCACUGGACACCGACAAGCCGUCCAGACUUGGGUUUGUUACGUUGCGUUCCUUGGCCCUUUUGGCCAAAAGGACUUUUCUGUUUUGUUUCUGGUUUUGUUUUUUACUUUUAAUUAAUUCCCAUGUCUGGCAAAARUAUUUAUUCUACAAGGGAUAAAGGGGAGAUCUAGCAGCCUUGCUGGGAGAGGGAGUAUCCUGGCCAUUGCCUUUCUCAGCAGUGUGUCAGAUUUACAGGGUUGGUAAAAGCCCUGAUCUGCAGCAUGAGUUGGGACCUUAAAAACAUUUAAAAAAAAAAAAAAAAUGGAGAUAGAAAAACACCCAGCGCAAAGCUGGGUGGAAAAGGGGGAUUUUACUUAUUUUGGUUCUUUAGCUAUUUCAAAGUUUCAAAAGGAGAACCAAAGCCUAUUUUGAGUAUUUUAACUUCAGUUGCUUGAAAAGGUGAAGGAAAAGUUUUGGAAGAAUCAGAAAUGUUUCAAUACUGAGCUUUAUUAAACCCUUGCUUUGAAAAAAUGAACCACGUGGGAAUUUUGAAAUGAAAAAGUCGUUUCAAACCAAAGAGUCAGAAUUCACCGCCGCUGACCAUUCUGAAAUGUCUGGGGUUCUGUCCUCCAUUCCCUCAAAUUCCUAUGUGAUAGUGAUGAGAAAAAUUUGCAAAACACUCGCAUGUCCCCAAAUCUGCCGUGUUGAUGGGAAAAAAUCAGGUGUGCAAACAUCCCUGCUACUUGUCUCAAGGGGUGUUUGUGGAAAAGAAGAUCACUGCAGUUGCCCUGAUGGUGAUACUGUCUACUCUCAAGCAAGCAGAAAUGCUAUUUCUUCACUUCUUGUUAGUUCAGAAAUGAGGGUGGUGAUGUAUGACAGRGUGCUCCAGGCUGAAGGUUGCCCAUGGCUUGGGGUGACUCCCCAGAUCCCUGCAGACCCCAUUGGGUCCACCCCAUCUGGUAAUUCUCUUGGGGCAAAAUAAGUGGCAGAUUGGCUGGAAUUGCCCUGUCUGAGUCCUUCAGCCCGAAACUCCUGAGCUACUCUGAAGGAUCAAGGUUUUUGGUGGCCAUCUGCCUCUCGUGGCUCCUCCACGAGGCAGAUGUGGUGGGACCCCAAUUCUGCCACUGGCUGAGCUGGAUUGCAGUGGAUGUUUUACACSAAACCAGCGCUUGGAAAUGCAAAUGAUGCAAAUUAGGGAGGUUUAUUUCUCUUUUUUACUGUGACCUUUCAACGGCAGCAAAAUCAAAGGGAAYGGGAGGAUUGCAGGUUUUUUGGUUUUUCCAUCGAUGAAGCGGCGGCUGGAUGAGAAUCUCCCCACUGGAGGCAAGGAGGGGGAUGUGUGGAGUCAAGGGUUCCACAGCCCCCACGAGGGUGUGAGGGACUUCUGCUCUGACGCUACCUGCAGCAGAAUGAUCCCAAGAAACUGCCCAGCACUCGACUUCCUCCUCCAAAAAGAAACCCGUAAAGACUCCACGUGCAACAAAARUCAAUGGAGAGGGGAAAAAAAAGGAAAGAAGAAGAAGGAAUCUUCUUAAAACUGCAUCAAACAUUUUCUUUUUAAUCCACAUCAACUUCUUACACAAGCAACGUUUUGCAGAUGAUUGGUUCCUUCAGAUGUUUUUUUUUGUCUACGAUUUGGAGUCAUUGUAAAAUAUCCAAAGAUGCUGAGUACUGUAUGAUCUGCAAGGACUUGAAGCAAGGUGUUUUUUCUGUCUCGGUUUGUUUGUUAGGUCGGUUGGGUUCUUUUUUUUUUUUUCCUAUAUGUCUAAGUGGGGAUAAACCUUUGCAAUUUUUCUAUUUAUAACUAUUUUUAUGUGAUUGCUUUAUGUACAAAACAAUGGAAAAAAAAUCAAAACAAAAAAGUAGAGAGAGAAACACACAUGUACACAAACAAAUUUGCCUUAGUUAYUCACGGGACAAUCACCCUUAACUUUGAUUGAUGCUAAAAAGCGGAUGGGAAAAAAGAGGCUCGAUCAUUUUAUGUAUUUAUUACACUCUAUUAAUUGAUGCUUUUAAAUUAUUAGCAGGACUUGAUUCUCUUGCCUGUGGCCACGGUGAGAAGGCAAAGCUGCCACAGUUGCUGAGCUGCCAGUGCAGCCCUGAGCUCUGUGGAUGUUUGCCUGGCACCUUUUGGAAAGCCAGAAUAAUCAUUUGUUAAUUAAGCAUGGAGCUGGUACGGGCUCCAGCCCGAGGGGCCGUCGGCGCUGCGAUGCUGAUGGCAAUUAUGAAGUUAAGGUUGAUUUUCCCGCGUUGGCGCUGGGUUGGGUAGGGCUGGAGGGAGCUGAGUGCUGGCAGUGAUCACGUUUUGGGGUGUAGAGGGAUGAUUAGAGAAAAAACCCUGUUUCUUCCCAUUUUGAUGUUGUGUGGUGAGUCCAGGCCACAGGUAUCCAUCCACAUGGGAGCCCAGCUGAGAGUGGAGGCGCUUUCCCGGGGAUCUGCUCCCAUUUCCCAUCCAGGACGGGUCUAAUUCUGGAGCACCACACCCCAGGCUGGAAGGACASGGGGUUCUGUCCCAGCUCACGGUGUGGUGGUGGCUUUUUGUUCAUCUCACAGCCAGGCUGCAGCAGGGGA